AAUUUAUUAAUACAUAGAGACAUUUAUAAGAAGUUAUUAAAUUGAAUUAACUCCCACGACAGAUACUGUCAACUAUCAAUGCGGCUAAUUGUCAAAUGAUAGUGCGCUACCACUUCAACAUUGAUAACGAACCGGUCCACAGAUAGAAGCGAAGGAUAUCAACAUGGGUUAUAACCUUCCACCUUGUUGUUAACUGUUUUUAACUUGUCAUUAGAUUGCUAUUUGUUGUAAAAUGUCACUGUCUGAAGCACUUAAGCCAAAAGGCUCUAAACAUCUUUCGAGAAUAAUUAAUUCUGAAGGAGUUGAAGUCGAGGCUGAAAAAAGAGAAGAUGAGCAACAGAAAAUAAAGUAUGGAGAAAUUAUUGAAUGCCUAAUUGGAGCAGGCUAUUAUAGAGCAAAAAUCAAAGGCAUUUCUGAGUUUGACAAGGUCGUUGGUGGAAUGACUUGGUGUAUAGAUGUCUGCAAUAUUGAUCUUGAUGUUGAUUUAUUAUUUCAAGAAAACUCUACUAUUGGUCAGAAGAUAGCCCUGACUGAGAAAAUAGUAGCUGCGUUGCAGAAGAUGAACUGUCCCUUCAUGAUAGAGCCUCAUCAGAUACAAGGAUUAGACUUCAUUCAUAUUUAUCCAGUGAUUGAGUGGCUUGUAAAAAAGUCAAUGGAAAACCGAGAAGAAAGAGGGGAUUACCUUCAGCAAUAUGCUAUACACAGGUUCAACAACGAAUUUUGUUUCCCUGGUGAAAAACCUAAUGAAAAUUUUAUCAGGCGUGCUCUCCCACAUGUUUCAGCUGUUCAGAAUAAAUAUAGUAUUCAGAGGAAAUUCAGAAGGAUUGAAGGAAGUGGUGCUCCUUCUGAUCUAUUGUCAAGGAUACAAAGCACUCUGUUUGAAUACGGCCAUGCUCCGAUCCAGGAGAAAGAAGAGGAAGAGAAUGGCGACAUAAAGCAUGUAGAAGCUAUAGAUGAAGUAAAACUUAAACAAAUGGUCAAAACGAUGAAAUCUACAAGUGAGGAAGUUAAAUUAGCUCCAAAGGCAAUCAAGGAAAUAAUAAAUCUCAAAUCAGAGGAGCUUAUAGACGCGACUAAAAACUACAUCACCCUUUCAGCUGACUCUGAGGUGAGUGAAAAAGCCGAAAUCGUCCGUCUCAAGGAAAAAGAAGAAGCGUUGAUUGCCAAAAAGAAUGAAAUUGAUAUUAAAGUGAAGGAAGCGAAUGAAAAAUUGAAAAAAAUAAAAACUCGAACAAGUUCUAUCGAAGAAUUUGAGUCUCAACUUUCAAAAGAGGAACAAAAGACCGUUGAAGAUAUAAAAACACGCCUAAUGCUAUUGGAAAACUUAAACGAACAAGAAAAAGAAUUUAAAGAGUAUUGCAAAGGAGAAAAGUUACGCCUGGAAACAACUAUAAGAGAAGUUGAUGAUUACGAAUCAAUGAACCAUAACUCUAUCGACGAUCAGUUGUCUUCUUUGGAAACCCAGUUAGCUGAUGCAAGGAUCUCUUUGGCUAAAGUGUCACGAACUGAAGCCAAACUCCACCGUCUAAUUGAUCAGGUCCCCUCUAGGCCCGAGCUGAACCAGUAUCAAAGGAGGUUCAUAGAGCUUUACAAUCAAGUAUCGGCCAAAUACAAAGAAACUAAACAAUAUUAUACUCUAUACAAUUCCAUGAGCGAUCAACACGAAUACCUCAAUAAAGAGAUAAAGCUUUUAGAUUCGAUAUUGGAAGGCUAUAAUGCAACUGUAAAUAGUUCUCAAAACGCCAAAGAAGAGUUCAUAAAUAAAUUUGAAACAUUAGUGGAUGGAAUAAAACAAAACAAAGCUAAGGUUGAAAGUAAGAGGAACGAGGAGAGGGAUGCUAAAGAUAGGCUGAGGAGCCAGCUGUUUGGCAUGAUUGAACAACAGCGACAGUACGCAUCGUUGCUCAAACAGUUCCGAGAGGAAUGUGAAGUCAAUGAGAGCCUCUUGACCAGAAUGAAAGCUGCAGCCCAGGUGUCGGCAAGUCCAGAACACACGAGGAGUUCUUAACCAUCUGUCUAAUUUCUGAUCAGGAAAUUCUUCAUUGUUCUUUUAUAUGUUCAUUUUAAAACAUACAUUUAUAGAUUUUCAUGAUAAAACGAAUAAUGGAAGACAUGAGGACAUAUUCAUUGUUUGCAUAUACAAUAUACGUUUGGUCUGACGCGAUAUAGGUCUUACUAUUCUAGACUUUUUCUUAGUUCAAACAGCAAGCAAUGUUCCUAAUAAUCCACUGGAUGGUUUUGAGAGAGAUAUUCUGUUUGAACAGGUGAUAGUUAUGUAAACUGGUCAAUGCUUUCAUAUGGGAAAUGGCUAGAUAUCAAGGGAUGGAUUUUACUGCAGAGGAAUUUACUGCAAAAAGAGAAAAUAAGCUGGUACAGGAGUGGGAUAUUUGGAUCGGGCUCUAAAAGCAGGUAUCUCAAACUGACCAAUGGUAGGAGAUAAUAGGAUUAAGAAGCGGAGAAGUAUAAGGUAUUUUGAUAUUAUCAUUUAUAGUUGAACUGUUUUUCUGUCACAUCUUUGAAGUUUUAUGAGUUUUGCUAAAUUGCCUAUCUCAAUAUAUAAUAUGUAUAUAUUUAUAUAUGCCUGUAACUCAUGUCAACAAAUGAAUAAUUAUGAUUAUAUCUCAAAGUCUCCUAACUCAGCCCUUGAAGAAUGGUUUAUAAGCUGAAGAUUUAAACUCUACUUUGGUCUCAUUUAAUAAUAUUCCACCUAUUAUUAUGGAACAGAUCCACUACCUAUGAUUUCAUCUUGACAGAUUACAAAUAUGAAAUCUUUACAUAGGAUGGAAACAAUAAGAAGCUGCUCAUUAUUUUUGUCCAUAUUGGUAUUUAUUAAACAAAUUUUAAUUUUUAAUUUACUACAAAAAUCUCACCUGUGUUAUAUCAAUGACACCUAUAUCAAUCAAAAUAUGUUUCUGUGGUUUGGUGUCUCUAUAAAACCAUUGAUUCAUUCUUACUCUAAUUGAUAUCUGAUAUAAAAUGUGUUAUGAAGUCCUGAAUAUUACGUAAAAUUAUUCUCAAUAUCCUGAAUAUUAUAUAAAAUUAUCCUAUUAGUUUUUAUUGUGGAUCUGAAACAAAUUUACACCCUUCUAUUAUAAACUAUAAGGAUACAAAUAUAGUAGAUUGUAACCCUGCUUUAUAUCAGGCUUAACAUUUCACGUUUGGAUACAUGAAUCCUGUCGCCAUGGUACACCUUGCUGCUAUAAAGUAGACUCCCUUAAUCGAUUAGGAGCAAAACCUGGCAAUUGAGUGUGACUCUGGUCAAAUCAUCUCCUUGUAUAACUGUUGUUCAAGAAAAACCACUCCGGUACCAAGGGAUGAACCAAAGACCCUUCAUAGGUUGUUGCAAGAGGUAUAUAAAUGGUUUGAUAAUAUAUAAGGCCUCUGAUAUGUCUGUAAACUGUUUGUAUAUUAUAACCAAAUAUUGUACAAUAUAGCUAUUAAAUUUCUUUUAUUAUAUUGGAUAUGUAUCAAAUUGUCUAUUAUAUUUAGUUGAAAUAUCAUGUUAUUGUUAACCAAUUGAACAGAAUAUGGAUUAAUUUUAAAAAUACUGUUUUAUAUUUUAUUUAUUAUGUAUAUUUUUAUUAUCUGUACUUUUACUUUAUUACUAAUACUUUUGUAAAUAUUUAAUUUAAUUUUAUGGACACACCAACAUGUUAAUUUAUAUUCUGUAUGUAGAAUUUGUUCUAAAGAGACACUAGUCCCAGAAUAAUAAAAUUAUUUAAUCUUUAUAUUUUCAUUCAUUCAUUCAAAUGAAUUUUAGUUCAAUCAGUUGAAAAAUAAAAGAAUCAUUGAUAAGUGGUACAACCACAAGUCAUCAUCGAAAAUGUCCUGUACAAUACUACUCCAAGAUAUUGUACAGAUAAAAUUGUUUUUUUAACUAACAAUAUUCAAGCGGUGGAAGCGCUUGUGCUGGUGAUAGGGAUAUGUGGAAGAAGACGUUAGCAGAGUUCUUCAAGGACUGUAGAGACCAGCGAUGAAUGAACAGAAUAUUCAUAUGACAUUAAAUUGUAACUGAAGCUCUGUUUCUCAAAAUUAUACUCAAUGCAGUUAGAACCUUUUCAAACCAAGGCUACAAAAUAUAGGUGUCCAUGUUACGUUGCUUCAUAUGCAUAUUUUAAUAGGGCUUAAAAAAAAAAAUGACCGUUUUUCAACCAAAUAUUUGCUGUACUACUGUUUCUUUGAUAUAAAAUACAAUUAUAUACAAAGUAUAGUCCAUUAUUAUCUGCUGUCAUUAGCCAUCUGCUAGCCAAUGCUCGAUCCCACACUGAUACUAUUCUUUGGGAUGGCUGUCAAAGAACUCUUGGACUGCAAUUUCAACUGCUGCAAAAUUAUCACAUUUUUUUCCUUGAAGAAAAUGGGCCAUAUAUCUAAUUAAGUAGUGAUCCGAUGGCGCAAGGUCUGGACUAUAUGGUGGAUGAGGUAGGAGUUCGAGCCCAUGAAGUUCUUGAAACUUUUCUUUGGUUCGACGGGAAGUGUGAGGAAGAGCAUUAUCUUGUUGGAAUAAAAUUCCUUUUUCGGUUGAUCAAAGAAGGAUAAAGCUCUGACAACUUCGCAUACAAUCUUUCCAGUUGUUCGCAGUAGAGUUCAGAAUUCAUAGAGCAUUCGUCAGGAACAAAUUCAUGAUGAAUAAAUGACACCUUCAAAAUUAAAAAAAAAAAUGUAAAGCAUUUUUGCCCCCUUGCAACAACCGGAAAAGCAGUUUGACCGCAAUAUAGCCAUUGCUCAGAGGUAUUCGGAUUUCACCAGUAAACCCACUUUUCGUCACAAGUGACAAUCUUCCAGUAAAAUCUCAUAUCAGAAGGGUUUUUCAAUAAAUGUUCACGAAUUUAUUACCUCUUGGCUGAUUGCUGAGGAAUAAGUUAGUGAGGGACCAGUCUACUGACUGCUCUUUUUCACCUUUCCCUAGGAGAGUAGAUGGGGACUAACAGUAUCUUUUGAAACACCACACUCCCUCGCAAGUUCGCGAAUACUUGUGGACGGAUUUGACUCAACAGCUUCCUGGAGAACCCCUCCCCCAUACACCCUAUUAUAAUAGUAAUCCAAACUUAAGUGGAUUAGAUAUGCCACCUGACAGUUAAAACAUCUGUCAACUGUAUAUCUUUAGUAUAGUUCUAUAUAUACCAUAUGAAAAGUAGAGAAUGUGCCAUCGGAAACUUCGGCUCAUUUUCCAUAAAAAUAUUUGUAGCAAUAUAUUCUGUGAGCAUUACAUGGUCAAUAUCAGAUGUCAUAUUGGGACUUAACUCUGCAAGGAUACUUCUAUUCGAUGACCUAAUAAAAUUUGACACAUCUCCAAUAAGGAUUUAUGUUUUAAUUAUAAUUAAAUUAAAUUUGUAUUUUAAUUUUUUUUUUUUUUCUGAAAUGUCACAAUAUAUAAUUAAAAUAGUGAAUUUGUUUCUCCUCACCCUCAAUAAAAAUGGUGAGGUACCUCUCUCUCCUGGUCCUUCUGUACUUUGUCUACUUGGAAAAUAUUUUGAUGUUUACAUUAAAUUAUUCUGUUUUUUUUAAAUUAUUUUCCACAUAUAAUUUUUUUUUUAAUUUUUCUUAAAACAGAUUGUAUGAAUACUUUUAACCCUGACUGAAUAUAUGAUUUAGUUAUUUUAUAAUUAUAGAAAAGUAUAUGAAUUUAUUUCAUAAAUUUUAUUGUAUGUGAAAUUUUUAGAAAAAGUUUAAGUUAAAUAUAUCUGAUUUCUUCUAUAUGAUCUUUUAAAAUAAACUUGAUUUAUAUAAAUGUUAAUUAUGUUAA